GGUAGUCUGCGGUGGCACGGUCCGCCCCUCACCUGGCCGGCCGCGGGCGCCGAAGGGCCCAAUGGGAGCCGCGGCCUGGCCGCCCCGCCCCGCGCUCCGGGACGUCUGUGCCGGGACCAGGCCGCCGGCGGUGCCGAGUCUUUGAGCUGAGCGCCUGCAGUCCGGGGUCAACCGCCGCCGUCAACCGUCCGCGCGGGCCGGGCCUGAGGCGCCGCCGGCUCGGCGAAGAGAGGCAGCCGCGGCGGAGAAGGAGGAAGAGGCAGCGCAGGAGGCCGGAGCGGCCGCCGCGCCCGGGCACAUGGCGUCCAUCUUACUGAGGAGCUGCCGCGGCCGGGCGCCCGCCCGCCUCCGUUCGUCGCCCCGGGCCACCGCCCCGCGGGGUAGUCCAGGGGAUCCUGCUCAUCUCAGCUGUGCCAGCACCCUGGGGUUGAGGAGCUGCCUGAGUGUUCCGUUGGGCUGCUGUGCUCCCAUCCACCCCGUGUACCCGUACUUCAGAGGCGAUCACCUUGGCUGUUGGACUCUGAGGCCCGACUACCUUCGCACAGUGCCGAGAGUGCCAUGGACCUCCACCUCUGUGGGUUUUGUGGUUGUGGGACCUCAGUGCCUCCCUGUGCGCGGCUGGCACUCUUCACGUCCUGUCAGCGAUGACUCGUUAGUAGAGAAGUCCCUCAAGUCCUUGAAGGACAAGAACAAGAAGCUGGAGGAAGGCGGCCCUGUGUACAGCCCCCCCGCAGAGGUGGUGGUGAAGAAGUCCCUUGGGCAGAGGGUGCUGGACGAGCUGAAGCACUACUACCAUGGCUUCCGCCUGCUGUGGAUCGACACCAAGAUCGCGGCACGCAUGCUCUGGCGCAUCCUCAACGGCCACACCCUGACCCGCCGGGAGCGCAGGCAGUUUCUCCGGAUCUGCGCUGACCUCUUCCGCCUGGUGCCAUUCCUUGUGUUUGUGGUGGUGCCCUUCAUGGAGUUCCUGCUGCCUGUGGCUGUGAAGCUCUUCCCCAACAUGUUGCCCUCCACAUUUGAGACCCAGUCCAUCAAGGAGGAGAGGCUGAAGAAAGAGCUUCGGGUCAAGCUGGAGUUGGCCAAGUUCCUCCAGGACACCAUCGAGGAAAUGGCCUUGAAGAACAAGGCAGCCAAGGGCAGUGCCACCAAAGACUUCUCCGUGUUUUUCCAGAAGAUCCGGGAGACAGGGGAGAGGCCCAGCAAUGAGGAAAUCCUGCGUUUUUCCAAGUUAUUUGAGGACGAGCUGACCCUGGACAACCUGACGCGGCCGCAGCUGGUGGCGCUGUGCAAGCUGCUGGAGCUGCAGUCCAUCGGCACCAACAACUUCCUGCGCUUCCAGCUCACCAUGCGGCUGCGCUCCAUCAAGGCCGACGACAAGCUGAUUGCUGAGGAAGGGGUGGACAGCCUGAAUGUCAAGGAGCUGCAGGCGGCGUGUCGGGCACGAGGCAUGCGGGCCCUGGGCGUCACGGAAGACCGCCUGCGGGGCCAGCUGAAGCAGUGGCUGGACCUACACCUGCAUCAGGAGAUCCCCACGUCUCUGCUCAUCCUGUCCCGGGCCAUGUACCUCCCGGACACCCUCUCGCCAGCCGACCAGCUCAAGUCCACACUGCAGACCCUCCCAGAGAUUGUGGCAAAGGAAGCGCAGGUGAAAGCAGCCGAGGUGGAGGGCGAGCAGGUGGACAACAAGGCCAAGCUGGAGGCCACCCUGCAGGAGGAGGCAGCCAUCCAGCAGGAGCACCUUGAGAAGGAGCUGCAGAGGCGCUCGGAGGCAGCGAAGGAUAUUGAGCUUGAAGGUGUGGAAGCCGCUCCCCGAAGGGCAGGGGCCGAGCCACAGCCAGAAGUGCCUGACACAGCCCUGCAGUCAGAGACCCUGGAGGACACAGCCCCCGUGCUGGAGGGCUUGAAGGAGGAGGAGAUCACUAAGGAGGAAAUUGACAUCCUCAGUGAUGCCUGCUCUAAGCUGCAGGAGCAGAAGAAGUCACUCACCAAGGAGAAGGAGGAGCUGGAGCUGCUGAAGGAGGACGUGCAGGACUACAGCGAGGACUUGCAAGAGAUCAAGAAGGAACUUUCAAAGACUGGUGAAGAGAAAUAUGUGGAAGAAUCUAAAGCCAGCAAGAGAUUGACGAAAAGGGUACAGCAGAUGAUCGGGCAGAUCGACGGCUUGAUCUCGCAGCUGGAAAUGGACCAGCAGUCCGGCAAGCUGGCCCCGGCCAAGGGCGUGCCCACGGGGGAGAACGUCAUCAGUGUCGCUGAGCUCAUCAGCGCCAUGAAGCAAGUGAAGCACAUUCCCGAAAGCAAGCUCACCAGCCUGGCCGCAGCACUGGAUGAGAACAAGGACGGCAAGGUCAACAUCGACGACCUCGUCAAGGUGAUUGAGCUUGUGGACAAAGAAGAUGUUCACGUCUCCACCAGCCAGGUGGCUGAGAUUGUAGCAACACUGGAGAAAGAGGAGAAGGUGGAGGAGAAGGAGAAGGCCAAGGAGAAGGCGGAGAAGGAGGUCGCAGAGGUGAAGAGCUAGACCUGCUGGCCUGGGCGCCCGUCCUCCUGCUGUGCCGCUGCCCUGGUGAGGGCCGUGAGAACGAUUGCUUUGUGGUGAUUCUUAGUGGCUCGUCCAAUACUUUGGCUGGAAUAAAUCGGAGACUUCCAUAAUCAAGUAAAUUUUAAUUUUCAUCAUUCCAUGGAGAUUAAAUCUGUCCGGAAUCCCGGAACCCCUCCACAGAAUCAUGUCUGGAUCCACACGGUGGUGUGGCUGCCACGGCCUCCUGGAUCCAGAGGCAGCGGGCCAGGCCACGCCGGGUUAGGAAGGCACCCCCCUGCGUGUGCCCUCACGUCUCAGCAUCUCACUGUGCUGCCCUGUUCCAGGGAGGAGAAUGAGGACCACGUGGACUCCACCCACACGGGCUGGCAGCCGUGCCCACCCUCAGAGGUGUCAGGAGACACAGGCCAGCCUCCUCAGGGCUAGAUGCCUCCACUCACCUGUGGACCCUGAUUUCUAGAUUUCAGCCUCAGUAGACCUGGCUUCCUGCACACUUACAGUUGGAUCUGGGUCACCGUGGAGACAGAGGUGUCCGCCAUCUCCCCGGCCUGUGGAGAGUGACGUCUUCCUGCUGGGCAUGCCAGUUCUCACGUGGGCUUUCCCUUGUGUUUCAGAGCGCUUUCUUGACUAUUUUCCCCUGAUUCAUUAAGCAGUCUGUUGGCACAGUUUUCCCACACCGAUCUGCCUGCCUCAAGAGCAUAUCUGACCCAAGCCAAGCCGUGCGACUCCGAUGCAGCCCUGGCCGUGGGGCUCCCUUGGGUGGUGCUUGGGCUGCGUGCCAGGUGGGCUGCAGUGGAUUCACUGUUUCAGGGAUGAGCCUGGCUCAGGGUUGGUGGGGCUCUGAAGCGCAUAUGGGGUUCUUUGUAGCUUCUAAUUCGAGGUUUAAGUCCGGUGUGCCUGCAGCCAUCCACCCUUCUCACCUUUUACGGUGUUGCAGGCUCAGGCCCUUGGGCUCCUCUAACAAGCAGGCUGGUCACCGAGGCAUGAGGAUACGCACAGGGCAUCCCUGGGGUCUUCGAGGGCGACUCCUCCAGUGCCAGGGUUUGCUCUGUGCCAUCUGGGUGGAGCUGGCGGCCUCCCCGCACUCCACAGCAUGGUCAGGCUGGCCAGGGCAUGGGCACGUGGCAUCCUGCGGCCACCUCCACCCUCCUGCCCAGCCACGGUGUCACACUCAUCUUUUUAAGUUCAGGUUGGUUCCUGGCAAAAAUGUCCCUCCUGGGGGCCUCCAAGCAUAGGAUUUGGAAGACAGAGGAACAGCACGGGCAGCCGGGAGAGCAGCUGCGCUCAGACGAGGCCUUCUCCAUUACUUGAAGCUUCUUUUUGUUCAGCCAUUAAAGAAACUUGACAAAAUAGGAACAGGAGAUAGUUCUCUAUUGUAAACCUUUGCACAGGGACAGUUGGCUUCUAAAGGCCUUCAGAUUUCAAUUAUUUGAGAAAGAAGUUUGUUUUAGAUCCUUAAUAUUUAUGAAUUCUCUCACCGUG